AUGGGGGCAGCGGUGACGAGCGGCCGCGCGGAGCGGGAAGGGGAGGCGGAGCGGAGGGAGGCGGAGCGGAGGGAGGCGGAGCGGAGGGAGGCGGAGCGGGGGAGGGGAGGCGCAGGGAGGGGAGGGGGAAGGGGGGAUGCGGGCGCGUGUGGUUUGGGUGUGGUGGAAAUGGAGCGAGGGGACAGAGGGGAGGGACAGCUCAGGGAGGCGAGUGGGGUGCGUAAGGUUAGGGGAGGGCGGGACGGAGGACAGGCAUGGGAGGGGCACGGGAUGGGUGGAUGGGAGGCGGGUGGGGAGGCGAAAGCGAGGGAGGAGAAAGGGAGGAGCGAAGGGAGGGGAGGGGAAGGGAGGGGAGCAGAAGGAAGGGGAGGAGAAGUGUGGGGAAGAGAAGGGAGGGGAAGAGAAGCAAAGCCAAAAAGGCAAACUCAGCUGACCACCGGCGUGGAUGCAUGCAGCUGGUGGGGCGAGGAGCAUUGGAGUCGACUUAAGAACACCCAAAGCAGGCACGCCCACCAGGUGGUCACUCCGGUGGCUGUACUGCUGGUGGAGCUGCUGCGAUCCCACUGCUGUACGCCCACCAGGUG